UUUAAUAUAUCAACUAAGGAAAGGAUAAGGAUUCUACAUGUUAGUUAGCUCAUACAUUUUAUCAUAAACUAAAUUAGGUUAAAUUUUUUAACUAAAUAAAACUAUUGGCAUCACCCUCAAAACACCAUUACUAUCAUUAUCAUCUUAAUAUAUAAUAAUCAUAAUUUAAAAUUAAAAUAAAUUUUUUACUUCAUAAACAUGAUUUUCAAUCAAAGAUAUCUUUAAUUCAUAUUUCAGUUAAGAUAUAAUAUUUUACAAUAUAUUUUUAAAUUGUAAUAUCACUUUUUUCAUGAAAUUUUGAACUUAAUUUAUUUUCUAGUUUUCUAUAUUAACUUUGAAAAAAUAAAUGUAAUCCGCAUCUACAAAAUUUUAGAGAAGAUCUAUUUUGUUCAAAAGUUGAUCCCAUAAAAGAUUACGUUACUAUCCUUAAAAGCAAUUCGAAACUUAAAAAAAAAAUGUAUCUUUUUGAAAUCAAACUUACAUAAUAAUAUGACCUCAAAAUCUUUUCAACUACAUAUAAACAUAUGAUUGAUCCUCCGAGGCUUUAAGUGGAAAUAAAACCAGUAAACCAGAGUCUUUUUCUCUUCUGUCUCUGUUGUGAUUCUCUUUUUCUCUUCUCUCCUUCCCUCUCUAUUGUGAUUAUGGCUUCAUCUCAAUGGACACUUCUUGGUGAUGACAUAUUGAAUAGGAUCACAGAUAGGCUUGAUGAUAUCUAUGACUAUGUCCGAUUCGGGGCAGUGUGCAAACCUUGGCUCUCUUUCUCCCAUAGAUUUUACAAGAACAAACACCAUCUUUUUCGCGCAAAUCAUCAACUUCCUCUGCUGGUGGUUCCUAUGGAAGGCCAUCAAGAAAUUCGUGGUUUGUACAACAUAGCCAAAGAUACUAUCUGCAAUCAAAUUCAACUCAACCUUCCUUCCAAAAGAUGCUGUGGAUCUUCUCAUGGAUGGUUGUUCUUCGUAGAUAACAAAUCGGCGCAAAUACAACUGGUUCUCAUAAACCCGUUUGCAAGCGAAUCGGAAAAAUCCAUGAUCAAACUGCCGCCAAUUCGGUGCGAUGAUCAUAACGGAGUGAUGCACAUGGACGAGUAUGGUGUCAACAAAGCCGUUCUUUCCAAAGACCCGAAUGAUUUCCCCAAUGAUUUUGAAGUGAUUGCAAUCUAUGGAGGCACUCAAACAUUGGCACAUUACAAAUCGGGUAACAAUUUCUGGAGCCAUCCAAAACCCACCAAAAAAAUACAAUCCUUUGCGGAUGUUAUCUUUUACAAGGGUAUGGCAUACGCCGUGGAUUUUCACAGCUGGAUCGUCAGAAUUUAUCGCAAAAGGUAUAAGCAAAGACUCGGUGGUAAUAAUUCCUCUCCUUGUUAUCUCCGGUUCAAGACCAUAAAUGAAAGACUUUCAGAAUUUUUGUGGUGCAACUAUUCUGGCAAUGCUUAUCUUGUGGAAACUUCCAUUGGAGAGUUGCUACAUGUUCGAAGAGACUACCUUACCAUGGAAGAGAGAAUUCGCAAGGAUGACGAGAUAGAAGAGGAGAUGAAAAGAGCUCGAGCAGAAUAUGAAGCUAGAACCCAAGAAGAACAUGACCAACUAAGGGAGGAGAUAAACAAGAUUAUGGAUGAACUUGAAAACCAAAAAGUAGAAGAGUAUGUUGAACCUGAUCUAAGCAAGUUUCUAGAGGAGGAGUUACCUAAAUAUGAUAACCCUCAGUUGAGUGUGAAUUUUACAGUGUUUAAACUAAAUUUUCCGUCAUCAAGGGGACAGAAGAGUAUGGAAACACUGAAUGGUGAAAUCUUGUUCCUAGGAGACAACAAUUCUGUUUCGGUGCCAAGUUCAAGGUGUCCUACUCUUAUUCCAAAUUCAAUAUAUUAUACGGAUGAUUAUGUAGGUGAUUACUUUCAUAAUCUUGCAUUUGGUUCGUGUGACACUGGAGUGUUCAAUCCAGAGAAUAAAGAUUUUGGUAAACACUUUGUUCCAAGCUUCUCGGCAAAAGGCAUGCCACCACCAAUUUUCGUUGUUCCACGCUAUAGAUGUAGUGCUAAAAAAAUUGUUUAGGUUAUAAAUUUUAUGAUGAAAUUUGUAUAAUUUACUUGCUAGUUAGAAACCAUGGUUUUUUAGUUGGUUAAUUUGUUUUAUCAUAUUUAAACUUCAUGAUGCAAUUUGUAAUAUAUAUAUUCACACACGCAACUUAAUUAGCAUGAAUGCAUAAUCUAUGAUGUUAUUUGUAUUGUUUUGACUUAAUAUAAUGGUACAUCCUGCUGGUGCUUAUUUUUAGCGCUAUGGGAAGAAAA